ACUCAGGUCCUCAGUGGCGGGCAUUUCCUCUUCUCCCAGGUGUGUGUUAGAACAAAGUUAGGAUCUUGGAUCUCAAAAUCCAGUGGAGAAGGUGGGAGAGUAAUGGUCACCGCAGCAUGUAUGAUGCCAGGUGAUGCUGCAGGGGAGCGAGGCGCCAGGGCGGAGACAGGAGCUCGCUCUAGCAGGGACACCCGCCUUGCGUGCCACUGGGGCCCCUCACUGCCCACAGAGUCCGAUGGCGGAGGCCAUGUGGAGGCACCUGGCUGAGGUUAGGGUGACCUUUGAGGAUGUUGCCGUGUAUUUCUCCAGGACAGAAUGGAGCCUCCUUAAUGCGGCUGAGAGGCGCCUGUACCUCCAUGUGAUGCUGGAGAAUUUUGCUCUUAUAUCCUCGCUGGGUUGCUGCUGUGGAGCAGCGGAUGUGGAGGCUCCCACUGACCAGAGCGUUUCCGUAAGAGUGUUGCAGGCAGAGGAUCCCAAGGCAGCUUUGUCUUCCAAGAAGAGCCACCCCUGUGACAGUUGUGGGUGUGUCUUGAGGAAAAUUUUUCUCUUGGCUGACCAGCAGGGAACUGAACAGAGAGAGAAACUGCUGAGGUGUGGGGCAUGCGCAAAAGAAUUUUGUUUCAUUGCCAAGCAUCACCAGCACCAGGAGGAGCACUUGAGACAGAAGUCUUUAGUACGAGGUGUGGACAGGGCCUCGCUUGUGAAGGGCCGCAAUUUCAACGUGUCCGAAAAAACUUUUAUUUUCUGGGAGCUUGAGCAGAACGCUUCUACAAACUCAGGAAAUAUCCAACAACCAACUAUUAACACCAGGGAAAGAGCAAAUGAAAUGUCAACAUUCGGGGAGGAUUUUCAAAGGAGAAAUAUUUAUCACACAAGAAAAGAAUGUAAGAAAGCCAUUGUCUGCAAACACUCACCACUUCUAGACGAGGCUGUCCAAACUGGAAGACGAUGUUAUGCGUGCCGUGAAUGUGAAAAAUGUUUUCUAGGAAUCUCUGGUCUUCGUUAUCAUCAGAAAGUUCACACUGGGGAAAAGCCAUAUGAGUGCAGCGAAUGUAGGAAAUCUUUCACUAGUGGCUCUGCCCUUCGGAAACAUCACAGAGUUCACACUGGAGAAAGGCCUUAUGAGUGCGCUGAAUGUGGGAAAUCUUUUACCAGUAGCUCUGCCCUCCAUAAACACCAGAGAGUUCACACUGGAGAAAGGCCAUAUGAAUGUGGUGCAUGUGGGAAAUGUUUUACCAGUAGUUCUGACCUCCUUUAUCAUCAGAGAGUUCACACUGGAGAAAGGCCUUAUGAGUGCCACGUAUGUGGGAAAUCUUUUACCUGGAGCUCUGACCUCCGUAAACAUCAGAGAGUUCACACUGGAGAAAGACCUUAUGAGUGUGGUGAAUGUGGGAAAUCUUUUACUAGUAGUUCUGCCCUGUGUUAUCAUCAGAGAGUUCACAAAGGGGAAAGGCCUUAUGAGUGCAGUGAAUGUGGGAAAUCUUUCACGAAUAGCUCUGCCCUCCGUAAACAUCAUAGAGUUCACACUGGAGAAAGGCCUUAUGAAUGCAGUGAAUGUGGUAAAUCGUAUAUCAGUAGCUCUGCCCUGUAUAAUCAUCGGAAAGUUCAUAGUGGAGAAAGGCCUUAUGAAUGUGGUGUAUGUGGCAAAUCUUUUACUAGUAAUUCUGCCCUCCGUAAACAUCACAGAGUUCACACUGGUGAAAGGCCUUUUCAGUGUGGUGAUUGUGGGAAAUCUUUUAGCAGUAGUUCUGACCUCAGAAAACAUUACAGAGUUCACACUGGAGAAAGGCCUUAUGAAUGCAGUGAAUGUGGGAAAUCUUAUUUCAGUAGUUCUGCCCUCUAUUAUCAUCAGAGAAUUCAUACUGGGGAAAGGCCUUAUGAGUGUGGUGAAUGUAAGAAAUCUUUUACCAGUAGCUCUGCCCUCCGUUAUCAUCAGAGAGUUCACACUGGAGAAAGGCCUUAUGAGUGUGGUGAAUGUGGGAAAUCAUUUACCUGUGGGUAUCACCUUUUAUUAGCAUCACAGAGUUCACACAAAAGCCUUGUGAGUGCAGUGAAUAUUAGAAAACAUCUGUAACAUUAUUUCGUUGUCAUCAGAGAGUUUACUUAGUUAAUUGGCCUGUGGCUGCAAGGAAUAUGAAAAUUUUUUUUAUCAGAAAUCUUUAUUAUCAUCAAAUAGUUCAGCCAGGAGAAUGGCCUAAUGCCUGCAGUCAGUGUGGAUAAUCCUUUACCAGGAGCCGUGGCUGUCAUUGUCCUCAAAGAGUUCACAAUGUUUAAGUUCUUAUAAGUUAAGGAAAUUCAAGAAAUCUCUUAUUUUCUAGUCCUUUCUUUUGUAUCUUCUGAGAGCUGACAUAGGAAAAAGGAUUUAUAUGUGCAGGCAAUAUAAGAAAUUUUUUUCUUUAGUACUAAGCUCCAUUAUAUUCAGAAGUUUUACUCUGGUAUAAGGCCUUUUGAAUACAGUGGACAUGGGAAAUGCUUCUUCUAUCCUUACUCCUGUUAUUAGGGAGUUCACACUGCAGAUAGGCCUUAUAUGGACAUAAAAGGUGGGAAAUCUCUUAUCUCACAGUCAUCACCAUCUUAAACACACUUUACGCUGGUUAAAGGCUUUGAGUGUGAAGUGAAUAUAGGAAACCUUUACCAAUAAAUCUAUACCUUUUGACAUAGGAGAGUUCUCACUGUAAAUGGAUCGAAUUUAGGAAAUGUUUUAUUUUUUUCAGUAUAAUGACACUGAAGGAACCUUGCUGAGGAAAAGGUGACUUUAUUUUUUUUACCAAUAUUCUCAAUGCAGAACUGUUCAUAAGUUCAAUGUUUAUGUUAUGUAGAAUGUUUCGAGGUGUUAUUAAACUGAUUGUGACUUUAUGCACACUUUGGACCUUUAUUUAUUUUUUUUGUCCUUACCCAAGGAUAUCUUAUUUCACUACUUUUGCAGACAGGAAGGGAGAGAAACACUGAUUUGUUGCCUGCCUGGAUCAGGAAUCACAUGUACUGUUAGGCCCGGGCCCAGAAUUAGAUAAAAGUAGCCAAGAGGAACCCCAGGCCGGCUCCAGACUGUCUCAGCAAGGAAGAUAGAAAAGUACAGAAAGUACAAGGAGUGCUGAACAAGAUAAACCGCCUGUGCAUGACCUUGUCUUUGCAGAGAAGUAUCCAUUGUUGCAAGCAGAGAGCAUAGCUAUGUGUGUUCUCUCCAGAUAGCCAAUUGCUAACAGCUACGUCUGCUUCUGUAUUGGCUUGCUUGCUUGCUUGCUUGCUUGCUCACCCCAAUAAAAACCCUAGGCUGUAAGCGCCAGGCACGACUCUCAUUUGCAGCCAUUUUGGCACCGUGUCUCCAGACACCUUGAGAGUUCACCCCUGUGCAGGUAAAACUUUGGCCAAUAAAGUUCCAUC